AUGUCGACGACACUGCCGCUGUUCUGGCACCUCUCGUCGGCCUCGAAAAAGGAGCGCAUAGACGCGUCGGUGAAACUUAUCGGGGCGCUCGAACAUUUCCAGGCACAAUUCGUCCCGAAGGAGUCCCCCGAGACGUCGGAUGAUGAGGAGCAGGAGGCAGGGAGCGCGAAGGCGGAUCAUCUGGACGCGCUCAACGCGCAGGAUGUCUCAUACUCCGUCCGCCGGCUGGUGCGAGGGUUGGCAAGCCCGAGGGAGAGCAGCAGACUUGGAUUCGCAGUCGCGUUGACUGAGCUGCUGUCCAGACUAGACACCGUGACAUGCUCGCAGAUUGUUGCACUGAUACUGGACUCAUCCAAGACGCAGGGCUCGAUGUCCGGCCAGGAAGAGCGCGACGUCCUCUUCGCGCGUCUGUUCGGUCUCACGUCUGUGAUUCAGUCAGGUCUGCUCUUGCGGGACACGCCCCUGCCUACAUCAGCGUCAUCCUCUACACUUGCCUCCAGUCUUACCGGCUACCAGGAGCUCUUGACAGAACUGCUUGCUCUGGGUGAAAAGAAGUCUUGGCUGCGUGAGAGCGCUUGGUGGUCAAUCGGCCUUGGGCUCGAUGCACUCGGUGCCUCCCAAAGUUCAUGGAAAGAAGAUGCAAUCGGGUUUACUGUGAACGCGCUAUUCAUUGAAAGCAGAACAUGGACGCCAGAAAAGGUUGCGUUGAUAUUGAAGCUGCAGCAUCUCUCCCCCACACGCGACUGGCGGAAGCUCUUGUCGCCCACGUUCAAACAUCCGGACUUGCUCAGUUCUGGGAACUUAAUCAGUCUGGCAAAAAUACUGAAGGAAUCGAACAUGGACGAUGACGAGGAAUCAGACUUACCUAGAUUUGGAGCGUGGAAGCCCCAAGUGCACUUUGUGUGGGAUAUGCUUUUGGACGAAGUUCUGCCAGACGCCUCGUCUCAUCGAACUACCAAGGGCUCCUUCCCAGAGUUUUUCCGCAUCGUUGUCGAUGAAUCACUGUUUUCGUCUACCUCAUCUCCCGAGCGCAAGUACUGGGGCUUCCAGAUAUUCCAGAAGGCGCUCCCGCGCGUCAGCGCUACCGACAUGCCCAUGCUAUUCACCAAGAAUUUCAUGCGCUCCUGGAUCAAUCACCUCUCCAACAGUGAUCGGUAUUUGCACAAGGCCGCAAGACAGGUGGUGACGGACAUCCAAGCUGUCGUAAAGAAAAAUCCCACCAUUGGCUUCACGCUAAUUCUCCAGCUCACGGGGGUGCACGGCAGCCAUCAGUUUGACAAGCUUACCAAAACCAAGACCGUGGAAACGAUCUUGACGUCUAUGGACAAUGAAGGGAUCCAGAACUACAUCGAUUACUUGCUGAAGCAGGUUGACGACAAGGAGGGCACUGAAGCUGCGGACAUUCAGGCACUGAACGCCCGCCGUGCGUGGAUCAUUGACCAGCUCGCUGCUCUUGUCCGCCACGGUGCGAUUCCCAAAAGCGACGAGUGGAUCCAGUCCAUCUUGGACUGGUUCGUCGUACACGGCCUCUUCAUAGUGUCCAAGAAGUCCGAGAAGAGUACUUUCCGUUCGUUGCGGUCCAUCCCCAACCCCGCGUUCUCCGACGAGCUGCGGAGCGCCUGCCGCGAUCGUCUGCUCAGCUGUCUCGCCGAAUUGACGGGGCAGUCUACCGUUAUCAAAGAUGACAACAAGACCACAAAGAUGCCAGCGGUCGCGUCCGACGGCGAGCUCUGGAUCUCCCGAGUGCUGUCUACUAUCGAGAAACUGGAGCAGGACACCAAACAUGUGAAACCGCUCGUCGAAGCGGAUGAGGAGGAUCAGCGGUUGCGCAGCAACGCCCGCCAAGUGGUAGAGCGUCUGAAGAAGGUUUCGGAUGAUCAGCGCGAAGCCGCCAUGGGUGCCGAGCUUCUCUUGUCUGCCACCCUUCUGCAUCAGUACUGUAUGAAUGAAGAGAUGGAUUCUGAUACCCUAGAGAGUUGCAUUGACGGAGCAUCGCGCAUGUUCCCUGCGGAGCACAAGAAGAGCAAGAAGGCGCGGAAAUCGAUGGGCGCGGAAGACGAGAAGGCCCAACAUGAGGUCCCCGAACCGGUCGAUGUCCUCGUGGACUCCCUCAUUGGGUUCCUGGAGAAAGCUACCGCGUACAUGCGCGCCGUCGCGAAUCAGGUCUUCUCACUGCUUUCGGGCUCCGUGAAGGAGAGUACCAUCGACCUCAUCCUGACGCAAUUGGAACGGCGAGACCCUGCGGAGCUUGCAGCCGAUGAGGAUGAAGACAACGAGGAGGAUGAAGGCUCAGAUGAGAAUGAGGAAGAGGACGAAGACGAGGGUGAGUCGUCGAACGAUGACGACGGGGAUGAGGAAGAGGAUGACAUGGACGAAGCCGAGGCUCAGGAAGUACGCAGGAAGAUCGAGGAGGCACUCCGCGUCAACGGCGUAGAGGCAGCCACCGGCGACUCGGACGAAGAGUCAGAAGACCUGAUGGAUGACGACCAGAUGUUAGCGAUCGACGAACAGCUCUCUGCGGCAUUUAGGGCCAGAGCCGGCGAGAAAAAACUGGGCAAAGAUGUCGAUGCUCAACGGGAAGCUACCCACUUCAAAAACCGUGUACUGGAUCUACUGGAGACUUUUAUCAAGAAGCAGCCUAAAAAUCCGUUGGUGUUACGCCUGAUCCUGCCUUUGGUAGAAUUGGUCGUGAGCACAGGUCCGGAUGAGAAGCAUUUAGCGGACAAAGCGACAGGGCUUCUGCGCACUCGGUUAGGCAAGUCCAAGGAAGUGUUGUCCAUCGUUGACACGGACGAAGCAACUGUUGUUCUCGAAGAACUGCACACUCGAGCAAGAAAGUCCGACAACCUUGCAACAUUGAGCCAGUGUAGCAUAUACCUGUCCAGGUCACUAUUGCACGCUGGCUUCACGGAAACAGUUGUCAGAGUCUACCGGGAGUCGUUGGAUGACUUUGUCACGCGCAAAGCAUCGAAGCUCAACAGCAACUUCUUCCAAGACUUCAUCCGCCGCCAUCCAGAAGCGGGUUGGGCCUUGCGCAAUGAUCUCAUCGAGGUAUCCGGCAAGGCCGUGAAUGUCUACCGUCAAUGCCAGGCCUUCCAAAUCCUUCAUACGCUGAUCAGCCAAGUUCCGGCGAGUGGCGAUCAUCGGGCAGAUAUUCUGAAGUUCAUACCCACAUUACGCCGCUCCCUUCACGACGUCAUUUCCAACGCAUGCGGAGACACUCCCACUUUAACGCCGGCGCAGAUGAAAGAGUUACUCAAGCUCGGGCUAACAGCCGUUCGCCAAACGAAACGGUUCGCGUCCUCACCUGAGGAGGUUUUUUCGUCGUGGGACCCAUCAACCUGGAACGUCCUCGCGGGCAAGCUGGCUGCAAGCGAUCGCUUCAAGUCCUCGACUGGUCUCCAGACCAUGUGCAAGCAGAUGGCCCAAUUGGCGAGUGAAACUGCACAAGCAGAUAUCAAGGCCAAAGCUAGCUCCGAAAAAUCCAAGUCAAAUAAUGCUACAGUAACGGCAAAGCGGAAAGUUAAUACAUUGGAGGAUGUGGAGGAUACUGUAAAGGUAUCAAAGAAAAUCAAGCGACAAAAGGUGACGAAGGUGAAGACCUAG